GUGUCCUCUGCUUCUCCUGCUCCCCCACCCUCUUCUGCCCACACUGCUGGUACCCGACUGGGACACCUGCCCGGCUCCAGGAGAAUGGUGGCUUUGCGAAUGCUGUGGAUGGAGCUGGUCCUGCUAGGGGUCCUGGGGGUGCUGCAGACCCGGGCGCAGGUCUCUGUGCAGCCCGACUUCCAACAAGACAAGUUCCUGGGGCGCUGGUUCAGCGCGGGCCUCGCCUCCAACUCGAGCUGGUUCCGGGAGAAGAAAUCGAUGUUGUCCAUGUGCAAGUCGGUGCUGACCCCCACCGCGGACGGCGGACUCAACCUCACCUCCACCUUCCUCAGGAAAAACCGGUGUGAGACCCGGAUCAUGCUGCUGCAGCCCACAGGGAACCCUGGCUUCUACAGCUACCUGAGUCCGCACUCGGGCAGCACCCACGUGGUCUCAGUGGUGGAGACCAACUACAGGGAGUACGCGCUGCUGUUCACGCAGGGCGCCCAGGGCCCUGGCCAGGACUUCCACAUGGCCACGCUCUACAGCCGCACUCAGGCCCCAAGGGCUGAGCUGAAGGAGAAGUUCGUCACCUUUUGCCAGGCCCGUGGCUUCACAGAGGAUGCCAUUGUCCUCCUGCCCCGGAAUGAUAAGUGCUUGAAGGAGGAAGAGUAGGUGACCCAGCCUCAGGACUCUUCUGCUCUUCUCCUUCCUUCAAGAUGGCAGCCUUGGAUCCUCAAAGCAUCUCUGCACCCUUGAGCUUUAUCCCAGACCUGAGAAAUAAACUCUGAAAGCAAGUCAGA